AUGAACCGGCUGGACCUGGACACGCACCGCCUGGCGCUGCUGGCCGCCAAGGAGGACAUCGGGAGCCGGCGCCUCUCCGCCGACUGGGCCAUCUUUGCGUAUGGGAAGCACAAUGAGCUGAAACUCCUGGACUCGGGAGCCGGCGGGGUAGACGAGCUGGCCGGGAAGUUCUCCAGUAGCAGCGUCAUGUACGGCCUCUGCCGCGUCCAGGACCCCAGCUCCGGGCAGCCCCGCAUCAUCCUCAUCAACUGGGUGGGGGAGAAGGUGCCGGAGUCCUACAGACAGACCUGUGCAGGGCAUCUGCCUGCCAUCAAGGCCUUCUUCAAGGAGGCCAGCCUGGUGGUGAGCGCCCACCGCCCCGAGGAGGUGACGCAGGAGGGGCUGCACCGCGUGCUGUCCCGGCUCGCGCCAGCAGGGGGCAGCGCCUCCAGGCGAGCACCAGCCAGCGGCUCUGAGGAACUGGUGGGCACCAACUACAGGAAAACGAACCCCGCCCUGGAGAUCCGCAGGACCAAACGGGAUUCGUUCUGGGCGCAGGCCGAGAGGGAAGAGGAGCAGCGGAAGGAGGAGGAGCGCCGGCGGCUGCUGGAGGAGCGCAAGCGCUGGGAACGCGAGCGCAUGGAGGAGGAGAAGAGAGAGGCGGCCGAGCGAGAGCGCAAGUUCAAGGAGAAGGAGAGGCUGAUCGAGGAGCAGAGGAAGGAGCAGGCCCGGCUGGAGGCUGAGGAGCGGAGGAAGGAGAAAGCCCGAUGGGAGCAGCAGCAGCGGGAGCACGAGGAGGCCAUGCGGGACCGGUUCCGGCGCAGCGAGUCCAUCGAGAAGGCCGUGGAGGCGGCCACGCUGGUCUCCCAGCGCUCACAGAACCCCCGGGAGUUCUUCAGGCAGCGGGAACGCUCCAGCUCCACUUCGGGUGCCCAGUCGCCCCCCUCGCCCCUGGGGGUCAGGCCAGGAGCACCCCACAGGCCCUACCUGCGCUACCAGCGCAGCCUGACGGAGUCUGCCUACAUCUUCCGCCGGCCAGAGCCCCCCGCUUCGCCGGGGGACUUCCUCCCGGCCCCCUCCAGCCCUCGCCCCUCUGAGUCCAGCUCCAUGUCUCUGAGCCAGCCCCCAGCUACAUUUCUGCCCACGGAGGAGGAUGCCCCUUGCAUGGCUCCCAGAUCACUCCAGGGCCCCUCUGAGAGCUCCCUGGUGGCAGAGCUGGUGCCCAUGGAGGGGCCCCAUGGCAGUCUCCCAGAUGUGCCGACCGGGGCCCUUGCUGACCCCACUAACCCAUCACUGGCCGGGGGGGAGCCUGCUCAAAGCUGCCCAGUUCUCUCCAGCGCCGGGGCCUGCUCCCUGGAACCUCUGCCUCAGUCCGCGCCCCUGUGGCCCUGGCAUCCCGGCCCCUCCACGGCUGCAGCCCCCAGGCCUGGCGAGGACCCCGUGGCAGGUGGAGAGGCACUGCUGGAGCCCUCCCACGGGCCCCUCCUGGCGCCAGAGGCCAGCCCGGACGAGCUCCUCCCGGAGUCAGGACACAACGGCAUAGCAGGGCAGGAGGUCGGGAGGUGGCCGGAGCUCAGGGAGCUGGAGCCGGAGCCAGGAGAGAAGGGCACCCUGAGCGGCAGUACCAAGCUCCAGCUGCAAGCAGCGUGGGAUCCCCCAGCAGGGGACACAGCCUGGGUCUCUCUGCAAGGCGGUGCCAGGCGGGCGGCGCUGGAGGGGGGGGAGGCCGUCGAGGGCCCCUCCCCCCGCACUGCGUAG